AUGCAAGUGGCUCACGGGACGGGUUGCCGCGCAGGCGAUCCAAGGAGGAGCAGGGCGCAGAGGACGGCCGCUGUGCGACGGGCUCGGGAGAGCGCGGAUGCUGCCAUACGACACCUCCAGGCCCAGCUGGCCACGGCGAAGCUGGUCAUCGCGCGGCUGGAGAUGGAGUCGCGGGCCUUCCGCGUGGAAGUCACUGACGAGCUGCAGGCGCGGCUCAUGCUGAUUGCUCCCGCGCUGCAGGCCCAGAUCCACGACGUCGAGGUGCCCAUCGUCGUGCGCAUGAGGCGCAACGCGGCCGCCCAUGUUUUCGAUGUCCCCGCGGUGGCUAUCGCGGAGACGUCUCAGCGAGAGCUCAACGCCAUGCAGCGGAGCCGCUCCUGGGCGUGCGGUUCUGGUGCGGAGGCUCGUGCUCCAGGCGUGUGGCAGCCCCUGGGCCCCUCCGCCGUGGUCGAGGCCGCAGCCGCGCCGACCGUGGAGGUGCCGUUCGUGGAGUCGGCCAUGCGCGAGGUUUCGCCUGUGUUCGUCCCCGUGGCGAACGCUUGGGAGCCGCUGCCACCGCCUCCCGCGGGCCCUGCGGCAAUCAUCGGGCCCCUGUGGGGGAUGACUGCCCUGCCCGCGGCCGCGGCCCCUGCCGCUGCUGCACAUCGCGACGCUGAUGGUGAAGGUCCUGGCGCCGCUGCUCGCGCGUGGGUGCCCGCGGGCUUGCCGCGCGACCCUGGCGAGGGGCUGCUUUUCGCCAACGGCUCGGCUGCAGCAACGGACCCCUCUACAUCCACGCCUUCAGCUAAAGGGUUGUCGCUUUCUCGAGUCGUGGCCUGCGACUCCGAGGAUGACGGUUUGCUGAACGAGUACGACCUCUCCGACUUCGAUGUUUAG